GAGUACUUUUUCAGCUCCGAUUUUCAGCGGUUGUGUGCUUCUUGCUUAUCAAAAAAAAAAAAAAAUUUGCUUGUUGAAGUCGUCGUCGAAAGUCAUCUAAAAUUCACGCGAUGUGUGUGCUUUUCUAAACAUGAAUCAUUACUAACAAUUAAAAAAAUAAAAUGAAAAAAUAAUGAAUAAUUAUUUUAAUAUAAAAACAAUAAAAUUACUAUUCUGUAAAUAUAUUAAUUGUGCGCAUAUAACCACUUAAGUUUUGUGGUUGUCUCUCUAUAAAUAUUCUCAACACUCAAAAAAAAAAACGAAGAAAAGAAAUAUAUAAAAGUUUUAGAAAAAAAUAAAAAUUUAUAAAAAAGUUCUAAACCUGCUCCUUAUCGAAUACAAACAAACAAAAUGGAUAUAGUCAAAAUAAUUGGAAGUACAUUUUGGUCAACAAAUAUAUGGCUUCCGCCGAAUGUAACGUGGGAGGACAUCGCACCGGGCUCACGUCCAGAUGUUCAUCAUGCCGACUACAGGCAUCUGAUAUGGCCACUUCCAUUAGCUGUGAUUGUAAUGUUGAUACGUUACACCUUAGAAAGAUUCUGGAUAGCACCAAUAGGAAAAUCCAUUGGCAUCAGAAGCUCAAGACCAAAAAAGGCAUCACCAAAUCCAGUACUACAAGAAGCGUAUGAAAAGUCAAGUCGGUUGGGACACAAGACUGUAUUGAGUUUAAUGAAACAAACUGAUUUAACUGAAAGACAAAUUCAACGAUGGUGGCGCCUUAGACGAGCUCAAGAUAAACCAUCGACCUUGGUUAAAUUUUGUGAAAACUCUUGGCGUUGUCUUUACUACACAUACAGUUUUAUAUUUGGAUUGAUAGUGUUAUGGGAUAAACCUUGGUUUUGGGAUAUUAAAAACUGCUGGUAUGGUUAUCCCCAUCAGUCUAUUGAAAGUGAUAUUUGGUGGUAUUAUAUGAUCUCAAUGUCAUUCUAUUGGUCCCUUACUGGAACACAAUUCUUUGACGUUAAAAGAAAAGAUUUUUGGCAAAUGUUUAUUCAUCACAUGGUUACACUAUUAUUGAUGGCAUUAAGUUGGGUUUGUAAUUUGCAUCGUGUUGGAUCAUUGGUUCUUGUGGUGCAUGAUUGUGCUGAUAUAUUCCUUGAGGCAGCUAAAUUGACAAAAUACGCUAAUUACCAAAAGGCUUGUGAUUGUAUAUUUGCUGUUUUCACCGUAGUUUGGAUUGUAACUCGGCUAGGAUUCUAUCCAAGAAUUAUUUACAGUUCAUCUAUCGAGGCACCCGCCAUCCUGCCAAUGUUCCCUGCGUACUAUAUUUUCAAUGGCCUGCUCAUACUGCUCCUGCUUUUACAUAUAGUCUGGACUUAUAUGAUUGUUAAAAUAGCAAUCGAAUCAGUAAAGAAAGGACUUAUGGCUGGUGACAUCAGAUCUAGCAGCAGUGAAAUUUCCGAUAGUUCAGAGAGUACAAAGCUCUUGGCAAACGGAAAGCCAACAACAGAUAUUACUGCGAAUUCAACAAGCUUACCUGCUGAAACAAGCAAAAUAACAGAACACCUUCACACCACAAAUUGAUAAUCAAGAUUUCAGUUCAAUGUUCAAAGUAGAAACUAAAAUAUAAAAUAUAUUUAUUAGGUUUUAUUUUAAUUUUUAUUUGUUAUUAAUAAUAAAUUAAGAACGUAUUUAGAGCUGAAUGUGAGACACAACAAAAGCAAAACAAAAAAUAAUAAAAAAAGAAAGAAAGAGAACAACAACAAAAUAUCCAUUCCGUAUUUUCGAUUGUAAUUUUCUUUUAAAACUAAUCUAAAUAAAUUAUAAUUAUCUGCUAGCAGUAGUUUUGUAUUCAACUUAAACAAAAAAUUAAAAAUUAAAACCAAAACACAUUCACCAUUCAUUUUGAAGCAGAAACCAAAAAAUCGUUUUAAACGUUCAAUGAUUGUAUAAAUAAUAAUAAUAAAAUAAAUUUAAAACAUAAAAUUGUCUAUACAAAAGUUAUGAUAUGUAUGAACAGUAUGUCGUCGUAAAUAUAUAGCUAAGAUUCUAAUGUUGUUACUAAAAAAAAAAAUAUUUUAACUUUUAAAUCUUGUAAAUCUUAUAUAUCUUAGCAAAAGUUAAUUUUUUUUAACUUUUUGCAUAGCUUAUAAAAACUGCAUAAUACUUAAAAUAUAAGUAAUUUGUGACCAAAAGGUUUUUUUUCUAACUGUUAUUUAUUCAGGGGGUUGUCACAGUCUCAAAAUAUGUUUCACACCAUCCCACUAUAUAGGUACAAUGAGAGUUGAUUGAUGAUGCACUAAAAAGCACUUACAUAUUUUUGUUCAGUUUUAUUCACAUCACACGUUGCAACUACAUUUAUAAGAAGCCUUUUUGGGUAUGUUUUUCUUUUUUGUUUAAUUUUUAAAUACCCACCAAGCCAACUGUUUGCAAAUUGCUUAGAA